AUGACUGUCUCCAACAAAGUGCAUCUUGACCGUCUAUCAUACGUGAUUUACGAGCAUCCAGAUAUCUCUGCAUUCCUGAGUUUUGCCGACGACUUUGGCUUCGAGGUUGCAGACAAGUCUGAGGAGGGGAAUGUCUUUCUCCGCGGAUACGGUGCGGACCCUUAUAUCUACAUCGCUCGGCAAGCACCAAGCGGCCAGCAGAAGAGGUUCUGCGGCUCUGGAUUCCGUGCGAAAACAGAAUCGGAUUUUGAACGAGCAUGCAAUAUAGAGGGCGCGCAAACAUGCGAGUGGUAUACUAGUCACUUCAACUUGAAGGCAACAGACAUUGUACACAAGCCCGGCAAUGCCAGUGACGAGCUCAUGUCCUUCUUCCACCUUGACCUUGGUCCGGAAUACUCGGAUCACCAUUGCCUCCUGGUAGCAAAGGGUAGUGAUGAUGGCAAAGAUACUAGAGUGCACCAUUCGUCAUUUGAGGUGGAAGACAUGGACACGCAGAUGAUGGGGCAUCAAUGGCUGCAGCAGAAGGGAUACAAGGCAAAAUGGGGAGUGGGCAGGCACAUCAUGGGGUCUCAGAUCUUUGACUACUGGUGGGAUCCAACUGGCUUUGUCAUCGAGCAUUACGCCGACGGUGAUGUUGUCAACGAGGAGACACCUACCAUAAGAUCCGCAGGCACUCCAGCGGCCAUCUGGGGACCUCCACUACCGGUCACCUGGGACUGA